CAAUCACAUUGCCAACAAGCAAAGUGCGAGAAAAGGAAAUGUGUGGGUUUACAUACAACACGUGGUGUCUACAAUUAUAAGAUUAUUCCCUACCUUAUCGAAUGGCAGUACCAUUUGUGGUGUUGGGUUUGUUGGUGAAAAACACAAGGGGUAUUGCAAGAUUCAACUUAGAAUUACUUCUGCAACUUUUAUGCAUGGCAAUGAUAUAAUUGGCCAUUUGCGAAACGUUAUUUUGGGGGGGAUUACAAAAACGGAUUUCCAGCAUAUCUACGAAGUGCGCGGGAAGAUCAAUAAAUACACGUCGGAAACAAUCUUGUACGAAAGUACUUGAACAAAGUCGCCGGACCGAACGCUCGCCGAAGCGCCUUCCGUGGGACGCCAUGUUGGAUCAAACGGGGCAGCGGUUGUGUUCGGGGAGGGGAGCCGGAAUGGCUGCGGUGUCGCACUCUUCUUCUUCCCCUCGACAACAAAAAGCGGAAUCGUUGGCUCCGUUUCCGGGUAUCGCUCUUCCUGGGCUGGGAUAGAGACGAGGGGCGCAACGCUUCUGUUGAUUAACACUUUUCUAAAGUUACACGCAGGGUUGUCAACAAUUCCAAAGCAGCAGCAGCCAUGUCUGGAGAAAAAGGGAAGUUCCCGGAGGCAGCAGGAUAUGUAGGCUUUGCCAACCUCCCAAACCAAGUGCACCGCAAGUCAGUGAAGAAAGGCUUUGAGUUCACCCUCAUGGUUGUUGGGGAAUCGGGCUUGGGCAAAUCUACACUGAUUAACAGCCUGUUUCUCACCGACCUCUAUCCUGAACGCUACAUCCCUGGUGCUGCAGAGAAGAUUGAGAGGACAGUGCAGAUUGAGGCGUCUACUGUGGAGAUUGAGGAGAGAGGAGUGAAGCUUCGCCUUACUGUGGUCGACACCCCUGGAUACGGAGAUGCCAUAAACAGCCAGGACUGCUUUAAGACCAUCAUUCAGUACAUCGACAAUCAAUUUGAGCGCUACCUUCACGAUGAGAGCGGACUGAACCGAAGACAUAUUGUGGACAACAGGGUGCACUGCUGCUUCUACUUCAUAUCCCCCUUUGGUCAUGGUCUAAAGCCAUUGGAUGUGGAGUUUAUGAAGGCCAUUCACAGUAAGGUCAACAUCGUCCCUGUCAUAGCCAAGGCCGACACACUGACACUGAGAGAGAGGGAUCGCCUUAAGAGAAGAAUCCUGGACGAGAUUGCGGAGCAUGGCAUCAAAAUCUACCAGCUUCCUGACGCUGACUCAGAUGAGGAUGAGGAGUUCAAGGAACAGACCAGAGUCCUCAAGGCGAGCAUUCCUUUCGCUGUGAUUGGCUCCAACCAGCUUAUUGAGGUUAAGGGGAAGAAGAUUCGUGGUCGUCUCUACCCAUGGGGAGUCGUGGAGGUGGAGAAUCCUGAACACAAUGACUUCCUGAAGCUACGCACUAUGCUUGUGACCCACAUGCAGGACCUGCAGGAGGUAACUCAGGAUUUGCACUAUGAGAACUUCCGCUCGGAGAGACUGAAGAGAGCUGGCAGGGCUGUGGAGGAAGAUGUACUAGACAAGGACCAGAUCCUGCUACAGAAAGAGGCGGAGCUGAGACGUAUGCAAGAGAUGAUUGCUCAGAUGCAGGCGCAGAUGAAAAUGAAAGGAGAUGACUGAAAAAGACGGAAAAGGAUCAGUCUCCCUCACCACCGUCACCACCACACCAACUUUCUCUGAACCAAACCCUCCGCCAACUCCAAUUCCCCUUUUAACCAGUCGGUACAUAGGUGUCCUUGAAAGUCUGGCUGUCAUCACUGUCGUCAUACCUCUGCACACAAUGGCCUAAGCACGCCUUCCAAACAUCCAUCCAUCCAUCUGCUGAUCAGGCACACCGUGGUUUCCUUCUGUCACUACAGUCCCAUCAGCACUUCGCUCUUUCAUGGUGUCUUUCCUGGUUUUGCCAAACCCCGUCGCUGUUUAUUGUAUUUUCUGGGUCCUAGUUAGUCAAGUGGAAUUAGACAGUAUUAGAAUAGGGUGAACGUGAAAAAGUAUUUGGAUAAUGGACCAGCGACUUAUCUCAUCUAAUGGUAACAUUUGGGUCUGCAUAGCUGGCAAUGAAAACGAUACUAAGGAUUGGAGAUAUUUGUCGGUAACACUAACAUGUUUACAAAAAAAUGUAACUUAAGUUAAUAUGUUCAGUUUAUUUACAGCACUUUGUCUGUAAAUACUGUUAAUAUUUUUGUUUCAAAAUAUUCUAGAUAUCUCAGCAAAUGUAACUGCUUGUCUAAAUUCUGUCCGUGAUGAUAUAACAAAAUUACUUUGGCUCUUCCUGGGUUGAGAAUCUAAGUGCCUAUUUAAUAGUUUGCUCAAGCAAGAUAUUUAUGAGCUAAAUAGUAUUUGUACUAGUUUUGUAACGCUAUAACAUUUUAAAAACAAACGAAACGCUAACUUCAGGAUUAUGUGAACUGUCGGCUUUGUUAUUGGAAGAAAGAGGAAUGUUUUAGAUUUCCUGAUAUGCAAAAUAGUUCUCCUUGGGUUAAACGCCAAACUUUAAGUGGAUUCAGUAAGUGAUGCUGAAUAGGUGGAAAAAAAGAUAAUAAAGCCAGUCGAUAUAUAAAGGCGAAAAUGGUGCUGAGACCGAGAGGUUUAAAAAGAAAUCCCUUGAUUUAUGGUUAAUCUGUUUGUAAAAGGACACUAAAAGAGUCCUCAGGGGGCCGGCGCCACUCCUGUGCUGAGUGACUCAAUUGAUCAGAUCAGGUUGCACAAAGGUGCCAGUUGUUAUGAUGUUGUAUUUAUGAGUCAGUGAUGGGUAAUCAGUUUGUUCUGACUGAAUAACCACAUAUAAGGCCUUAUUAGCCAUACUUAGUUCAUAUCAUGUGUGCUGUGCUGUGUUUUGUAUACCACAGGAGCAGUCUGAAAGGUUUGUUUCCUGUUUGGCUCUGUGAGUGGUUCUUAUCAUGUAGGCUAUAUGGGCUUCCUUGUUGGUUUUCCACCUGUCUUUUUUUUUUUAUAAUAUAAUUAUUCAGUGCCUUUGCAAAUGUGACAGAGAGUACAGUGCUGGCAGACUUGUUUCUCCUGCCAGUAGACAUGUGUAUGUAUAUAUAUAUAUAUAUAUAUAUAUAUAUAUAUAUAUAUAUAUAU